AUGUCCGCGACGGCAGAGAUGUUCCCGCCUAAGGCGAAAUGGUCCGUCGACCAGAUUCCUGAUCUUACUGGACGCGUGAUUAUUGUCACUGGUGGUAACGCCGGCAUCGGUUACGAGACUUGCAAGGAGCUCCUCAAGCAUGACGCCAAGGUCUACCUGGCCGCGCGCAGCAAGGAGCGUGCAGAUGCCGCGAUCGCGCGACUGAAGCAGGAUACCGGCAAGGAAGCCAUCUUCCUCCCGAUCGACCUCAGCAGCCUCACCUCCGUCCGCAUCGCCGCGUGGGGUGAUGGCGCCCCCAUCGACGCGCUCACUAAGGAAGGGUACGACAUGCAGUGGGGCACGAACGUGCUCGGCCACUUCUACUUCACCGAGCUCCUUCUCCCCGCGCUCGAGCAGGGCGCGAGGACGUCGCCCGACCAGCACGCGCGCGUGAUAACGACCGGGAGCAGCGCGUCGUACGUGGGCAAUGUCGACUUCUCGGCGCUGGCGGACACGCCUGAGCGCAAGAAGGUCGGGGAGACGCCGCUGUACUGGCAGAGCAAGCUGGGAAAUGCGAUCAUAUCGCACCAGGCCGCGCAGAAGUACGCGGGCAAGGGGAUCGUCUCGAUUAGCCUCAACCCUGGGAAUCUUGACUCGGAUCUGUACCGCAACCUCCCUUCGCUCGUUCACGCCAUCCUUCGGAAGACUGUGCUGUAUCCGAACCCGCAGGGCGCCCUCACGCAACUGUACGCUGGUACGAUGCCUGAUGCGCUCAAGCACAACGGCGGGUGGUUGAAGCCGUGGGCGCGCGAAGGCAAGUGCCCGAGUGCAACAGAUGACGGACUUGGCAAGCGUGUGUGGGCGUGGUGCGAGGAUGCUGUGAAGAAGUUUGAGGCAUCACAGCAGUGA